CACAGUCAUUUAGUGGAAGUUUUCCAACACAACACAGCGAGCAAAGUGCGGGAGAGUGAAACAAAGUUAAAAAGUUGCGUCGGCCUGCCACCCGCGUGUGGAGGUGGAGGCUCGGUCAAAACUUUGCCAAUAUGAAACUUUUGUUGACACUUUUGACCGUCGCCGGGCUCUUCACAAGUCACGCACUGGCCGGCGCCAUCGGCAAGGGUUCGAUCGAAAUCCCGGAGCAGUUCCGGGGCCCGAUCAAGAUGCUGCACAAGAUUUGCGUGGCCGAGUCCGGUGCUUCGGAGGACAGUCUGAAAAAGUGCAUCGACGGGACGAUCCACGACGAGCGGGGCGUCAAGUGCUACAUCCACUGUCUGUUUGACAAGGUCGAGGUCAUCGAGGAGGGCACCGGCCGGAUUCUGCUGGACCGGCUGGCACCGCUGGCCCCGAGCAACGAGAUCAAGGACGCGCUGGAGCACCUGACGCGCGAGUGCGGGCACAUUUCGCAUGAAGACUCUUGCGACACGGCCUACGAGGUGGCCAAGUGCUAUUUUGCUGCCCACGACGAUGUCAUUAAGUUCUGUCACCUGCUGAUGGCCGAUCAUUGAAAGGCUGUGAGGUGGAAAUUAUACAAAUUGGAUCAUCGAUAACUGGACCCCUUGGCAAACGGUUAAACGAAAUUCUCUCUGGACUCCCACCGCGCAACUGCAAUACUAACCAUAGAUUAAGUAAGAUUUAGCUUUCAGUCAACGAACGGCGUACGCACAGGACCACCUCGCAAUCAACUUAAAAACAACUGGAAAAGUUUGCCCAUUUUUAUACAAUAGUUUGAGCUCAGAACGAAGUAAAUAAAGACCAUCGUUUUACCUGA